AUGAUGGUCUUGUUUCAAUGGAGGUUAAUGUUGCUGCUGCUCAAGUCCAAGGACAAGGGUGAAGAUGUGUUUGUGGCCAUGAUGUUUGCUUUUGGGUAUGUGAUGAAGUUGGCCAUACUUAUCGGUUUUGUUAGCAUUUUCUGGAUUAGCAACCUCCAUUUCCUAGGUGGAGACCUUGGCGUUAACAAUGUCCUAUUGGUGGAUGCUUUUGAUAUUGGUGUUGGAAGUGUGUUGAUGCGAGAGAGCCCAAAUGUGCCUGCCGGGCAGCGCGAAUCGUACAAAGCUUUGCUGCCGGAGCUGCGAUCUCCAGAUCAAGCACUUCCACACUUUCAUCAAACCCCGCCUCCAAGUUCUGCGGGGAUAGGUGUGGGAUUCUCACUUUCAAUCAACCUGAGACGUGUCUCGGGAAGAGCAAGAAGGUUUUUCUGCUCUUGCGCUGGAUAUGGAGAUAGAGCCGCGAGACCGAGCCACAGUGAUGUUAGCGAGAGGCUGGAUCGCCUCGAGAAGCGAGGAGUUGCUGCGGAUUUCUCCACCUACAUGGAUCUCCUUCGCGCCUGCGCAAGCUCCAGAGAUCUCCCGCAGGGCAAGCGCCUCCACGCCCAGAUCAACAGCGCGGGCGCCGGCGGCGACACCAUUCUCGGGAAUCUCCUCGUGAGAAUGUACGGGAAAUGCGAAGCUCUGGACGACGCCAUCGCCGCAUUUGAGUCCAUCGAGCAUCCAAACGUCUUCUCCUGGAGCAUUCUCGUCACUGCGUAUGCCGAGAAUGGGCAUUUGCGAGAGGCGCUGGAUCUUCUCGGAAGCAUGGAUCUCCACGGCGUCAAGGCCAGCCAUGUCACGUUUAUCAAUCUCCUGGGCGCCUGCACCCUGGCAAUGGAUCUCGCCCGGGGUGAGCGCCUCCACGCCCGGAUCGAGGCAAGCGGGUUCGAUCUGAGUGGAAAUCUCGGCACGGCGCUGGUGAGCAUGUAUGCCAGGUGCGGCGGCCUCGAUCGAGCUCGGGAUCUCUUCGACCGGAUGAGAAAGCGGGAUAUUAUCGCCUGGAACGCGAUGAUCGCAGCGUAUUCUCUUCACGGCCGUGGAGAUCUAGCGCUGGAGCUGUAUUACCGGAUCGAACCCGCGGGGCUGGCGCCCGAUCGAUCGACGUUCUUGAGCAGUCUUGUAACCUGCGAAUCGAUCGAUUCGGUGAAGAGACUCCAUGGCGACCUCGCCGCUCGCGGCCUCGAGCGUGAAGCCCUAAUCGGGAACACGCUGGUGAGCACGUACGGGCGGUGCGGCAGCCUGGACGAGGCCAUGGCGGUAUUCGUGGGCAUGCCGUACAGGAACGGGGUGACGUGGGGCAUUCUGAUUGGAGCUCAUGCUCAGCAUGGGAAGGCCAAGGAAGCGCUGCGUUUGCUCAAGCUCAUGGAUUGCGAAGGCGUGAGGGCGAUGGAGAACACAUUCUUGACUGCGCUGAGCGCUUGCUCCAGCGCGGAGUUCCUGGAGGAUGGGAGGAGAAUUCACGAGAGGAUCGCCGCCGCGGGCAGUGGAGUGAUCGACGAGAGCUCCACCCGGUUGAGCAAUGCGCUGGUGACGAUGUAUGGCAAAUGCGGGAGCUUGAUCGAUGCCGAGAGCGUCUUCAAUUCGUUGCAGUGCAGGACGAUCGUGUCGUGGACGUCGCUGAUCGCCGCGUAUGCCCAGCAUGGAUUCCCCCGGAGAGCUCUCCAGAUCUUCAAGCAAAUGGACGCGGAAGGGACGAAGCCCGACGAGAUCGCGUUCUUGAGCGUGCUGGAGGCGGUGUCAAACACGCCGGAAUUGAUCGAGGAAGGGAGGAGGAUCCACGAAGAAUACGAUCAGAGCAAUAGAAUCCACGAGUCCCAAAGCGUGGAGACGGCGCUCAUUGACAUGUAUGGCAACUGCGGUAGCAUCGAGAGCGCCUGGAGAGUAUUCGAUCGAAUGGGCGACGAGCGGAGGGACGAUGUGAUCCCGUGGACGUCGAUGAUCACAGCUUGCGCUCACCAGGGUCACGGUGAUCAAGCCCUGCUGCUACUGAGUAGAAUGGAGCUCCAAGGGAUCCAUCCCAACCAGCUGACGCUGGUGAGCGCGCUGGAUGCGUGCGAGGACCUGCGAGAAGGGCGGAAGAUCCAUGCCGCCAUCGCCGCCAAGGGGCUCUCAAGCAGCGUGAUCCCGGGCACCGCGCUAGUCAACAUGUAUGAUCGCUGCGGCGCCCCCGCCAGCGUGAGGGCGGCGUUCGAGGAGAUCCGGGGCAAGAACUCCAUCUCCUGGAACGCGAUCAUCGGGGCCUACGCUCACCAGGGUGACCUGCGCGAAUCGAUGGACCUACUGCAAAGAAUGGAUCAAGAGGGCGUGGCGCCGAAUGUGAUAAGCUUCACCUGUGUGCUCUUCGCAUGCGCGCAUGCCGGAUCGAUCCGAGAGGCCCGCCGCCAGUUCCAUCUCAUGAUCGGGGACUACUCUAUCGAGCCACUGGAGGACAACUAUGGCUGCCUCGUCGAUCUUCUCGGCCGCGCUGGGCGCCUCGAUAGGGUUGAGGAGCUCAUUCAAACCAUGCCCAUUUGGCCAUCUCCCGCCCAAUGGAUGAGCCUCUUGGGCGCUUGCCACAUCCACGGUGACGUACACCGGGGUGUACGGACAGCCCAAAAGGCCCGGAGCUUGGACCAUGGCCACUCCUCGGCGUACGUCGUGAUGUCCAACCUCUGUACGGUCAGAUGA